AUGUGGCUCAGUAACUUCAGAAAUGGCUUGAGAAAGGGUCUCCUGAACAGAGAUAAGAAUUUCAUUAGAAGAUGGCCAGUAGAUCCAAAAAUCGUCUUCUUUGGUCCACCAAAUGUCUUCCAAGAGGAAAUAAGUUAAAGAUUUGCUAUUGAUUUGGGUAUACCAAUUAUAAACAUGGACUUGAUCUUGCAAAAUGUAGUUGAAUAGGCUGGUAAGACUGAAGAGUUCUCUCACAGUUUCUUCUUAAGAGUAAGAGAUAUGAUUCUUGCUGGAGACGGCGAUGCUCUUGUUCAAGAAAAGGUGCACACUAAAUUAUUGAGACUUUCAGCUCAAGCUAACAAUGGUUUCGUUUUGACUAACUUCCCAAAUGAUAAGGCUGAAGCUGAGACUUUAGAAGCAUACAAAGGUGGCAUAAAUGCAUUCGUACACAUCUCUCUCCCAGAUGAUAUCCUUGUCGAUAUUGAAGAGAACAAAAUGACUUGCUAGGACUGUGGCAGAAAUUAUUACACUGAGACAAUCCACAAUCAUGAAUACGGUAUUCACAUUGAUCCCUUUGGCCCUUCCAAGGAUGGUACUUGCCACGACUGUGGCUCGGCCAGCAUAACUGAUGGCAGUGAUCCUAUUAGAUUCGAAAAGGAACUUGAGAAUUACAAGGCUAAUAAGGAAGAAUUGCUUAGUUUCUACGAUCAUUAUGGACUAUUGGUUGAUUUCGAAGUUAAAAGAGGAUAUGAUGACUACGAUAAGCUAAAAAAGAAGAUUCAAUACGGAAUCAAGCACUGA